GACUUUAAAAUUCUUGUGAAAGAUGAAAUAAUUCCUUGUCAUCGUUGUGUACUGGCAGCGUGCAGUGAUUUUUUCAGUUUUCAGCCCUUCAGCAUGAAACGGAUCUGUGAUCUUCCUUCUGGUGCUUAAAGCUAUGCAUUCUUAAGGGACAGACAGAUCAUUCACAUACAGGAUAUUAAUUUAUGAAGAUCCUUGCUAACUUUUUUAUUAGUAAGGCUCAAACUUGCAGUUCCACACUGAAAGUCUGUUUCCAAAUACACUCUUUACUAAAACACAAAGGUAAGAUGCUCUAAUAAUGAACAAAUGGGCUCCUGGAAAUGAGUUAAUGAGCUUGAUUCAGCUGCCUAUACAUAGGUGACAAGUGUUAUUUUCAAAUGGCCUGGAGCAUCCCAUGGUCUGUGGGAGUCUGCCAUAUAUGAUAGAGGACAUAGGCUAGGUGUGUUCUUAGGACUGCUGAAAAAAGAAGAAAUGCAGGUGAAAUAAGCUAUUUCUCCACUGUAGCAGCAGGUUUGUUUUUUCUCUGACACACAGAACUACUUGCAUUUCAAGUGUUUACUGCUUAACAGCACAGAGAUGCCGGGGUAGAAAGGAGUAUUAGGAUGAAAUAGCUUCCAGUGGUAAUUUUUAGAACUGAAGUUGAGCACAUGGUAACAUCUGUGGCCUUUUUACUACCUACAGGCUCUUCUGGUUAAAAUUUGCCAGGAGAGACCUCUGCCUGCAUGUAACAGUUGAUAACAGCAGCCAUCAAAUUCGUAAGUUGUCCUGGAAUACAGGCCCAUUUAUUACCUUCAGGGAAUAAAAAGUACCUAGGUCCACUAGAUAAAUUUUAAAAUGAAACACCAUUUGUCUUCCUUGGCCUUUGGACAUGUCUUAAUUUUGGUUUCUCUGUGUAAAGCCAAGAUUCAGCAACAUUUUGCUCCCUACUUGUUAGCUUUCAGAAUCAAUGCCUUUGCUUAGAUUGCUCUCCUUCUAAUACUAUUUUUCAGUUGCUGUUUUACUCUGUAAUUUAGAGGUUUGUAUCAUAGGUCUUGGGUUAAAGAGGAAAGGAUUCUAAGGAUCAUCAUUUAAUACGCAAAAAGGUUUUUGGGACUACAUGUCUCACUGUAAUUUUAUGUUCUUGUUCAGGAGGUCAGACAAGUUCCUGCUUUACCUGAUGUUCACUUCCCAAAGAGUAUGCCAUACACUGUGAUUUUUUUUUUCUCUUUGACUUCAUAAAAGUAUGGGAUUUUAAAAUUCACAUACGAUACAGGUAUCAAUUGUAUAACUAAGCUAUGAUACAAUACUCUUCUUUUUAAUAGGGACCAGCUGUUAUAUUAAUAAUCAGAUUAUAUAUUUAGUAUUUGAUGAUUUAUCUAAAUCUUUCUGCGCUAUCAUCUUGUCAAAUUUAGAAGCCAUUGCUAUCACAGCCUGAUGCUUAGGCUCUGGGAGGGUAGAGCAAGUGAUGCUGCAGCAUUAUUCUGUUGCCAGCACUUACCGGCUUGAAAAACUAAUUAUUUUACCUUGCCCUGUUAGAUUGUGUGAAGUAGUUAAGUGUUACUAUGUAUUUAGUGAAAAAGUUUAAUAAAAUUUGCACAAAUCUACCGAUCGAUAGUUUGUUCCACAAUCUCAACCAUCAUUGUAUUGUCACAAUCUACUUUCUGCACACGUUUCAUUGUGUCAUGCAAUCCUAUGUCAAAAUCUCUUUUUUUUCUGACAUCUGCCUGUACCCAUAUAUCUAUCUGUCCAAGAAUUAAGUUUCCUCAUGUUUUUUUCUCCUCUUUCACCCCUCACCUACUUUUAUUUCUGAGGAAUGCACCCAUCAUCCAUCCUGCCAUUUGCUCAGCCUGCAAUUUAGGUCUUUUUUUGCUUAAUUUUCUGUGUUCAUCCACAGUGCAUGACCUAAAUCAUGGGGCUUUUUUACUAUAUAUUUUUUAAAUCAGCCUUUCUUUCUCAAGCUGUUGAAAUCGAUGCUGGUCCGAACAAUUUCACAUUUUCUCUCACAUUGAGAGCUGCAGGCUUCAUUGCUCUCUGUGAAAACCCAUACAAAGCAUUUUUAUGACCCAUCGCUUUGAAUAUGUUCUUAUCACCACACCUUUCUUCUUCAACCGUAUCAAGCACAUGCAUUGUUCUUUAGACAUGAGAAUGUCCACAUUUUAGACCUAUACAGCCUGCCCACCUUAUUGUAUGUCCCGGAUUUGUCUCCUUCCUCUCACAUCAAGAGUUCUCUGCUGUUUGCUAGAUCUUUAAUUUGCUUGUUUAUCUUCUAUAUUUUAUUCACAGAGCCAUGUUUGAAGUUAAUAUGAAGGAACGAGAUGAUGGCAAUGUCACUAUUAGUAAUCUAUCACCCAAGGCGGUGAAAGCUUUUCUUGAUUACGCUUAUACAGGAAAAACAGAGAUAACAAAUGAUAAUGUGGAAAUGCUUUUCCAACUGUCGUCAUUUCUUCAAGUUUCACUCCUUUCCAAAGCUUGCAGUGACUUUCUAAUAAAAAGUAUUGAUCUUGUGAAUUGCUUACAGUUGCUUUCUCUAUCAGAAAGUUAUGGUUCCAUCCGUUUAUUUGAUCAUGCGCUAGAUUUUGUACAGCACCACUUUUCCUUGCUGCUCAGAUCAAGUGAUUUUUUGGAGAUGAAUUUUGAGAUAUUACAAAAAUGCCUUGAGGCUGACGAACUAAAUGUCCCUGAGGAAGAAUCAGUGUUGAAAGCUGUCCUUCAAUGGACCAAACACAACUUAGAAACACGACAGAAAUAUCUGCCUCAUUUGAUUAAGAAAGUGAGACUACACCAGUUACCUGAAAAGACUUUGCAGGACUUUCUGCAUUCUGAAGAACACUUGCUUAAGAGUGCUAAUUGCUCAGUAAUAAUCAAUGAUGCAGUUGAAAGUGUGCAAAACUUUAGUGGCCUGUUUCCAGAUGCACGUCCUUCAACAACAGAAAAAUAUAUAUUUGUUCAUAAAACUGAUGAAGAUGGAGAAAACAGACAUACAUUCUGCUACAACAUCAAAACAGAUAAAUGGAAAGAACUACCACAUACACACAUGAUUGAUCUUCCAGGGUCAAGUUUAUCUAGCUAUGGAGAAAAAAUAUUUAUAACUGGAGGAUGCAAAGGGAAUUGUUAUAGGACUGUCAGGCUUCAUAUUGCUGAACCAUUUCAUGAUGCCACUGACCAAACCUGGUGCUACUGUCCAGUCAGCAAUGAAUUCUCCAUAGUGUCAGCUAUGAAAAAGCCAAGGACAAUGCACACAUCUGUUGUAACCUUGAAUCAGCUGUUUGUAAUAGGUGGAAAGACCAGAGGAGCUCAAGAAACCCGAAGUCUUUUGGAUGUAGAAUCCUAUAAUCCUCUUUCCAAAGAUUGGAAAUCUGUAAGCCAAUUACCAAGAGGUAUCUACUAUCCAGAAGCAAGCGCAUGUCAGAAUAUAAUUUAUGUCCUUGGCUCAGAAGUAGAGAUUACUGAUGCCUUUAAUCCAUCUCUUGACUGUUUCUUUAAGUAUAAUGCUAUGACUGACCAGUGGUCUGAGCUUGUAGCAGAAUUUGGGCAAUUUUUCCAUGCAACUCUAAUCAAAGCUGUUCCAGUAAACUGUACAUUGUACAUAUGUGAUCUCUCCACCUACAAGGUCUACAGUUUUUGCCCAGAAACUUGUGUUUGGAAAGGGGAAGGAUCUUUUGAAUGCGCUGGCUUUAAUGCAGGGGCAGUUGGGACAGAAGACAAAAUUUAUAUAUUAGGUGGUGAUUACGCUCCAGAAGAAAUCACAGAUGAAGUUCAAGUCUACCACAGCAGUAGGUCUGAGUGGGAAGAAGUUUCACCAAUGCCAAGAGCCUUAACUGAGUUUUACUGUCAGGUCAUUCAGUUUAAUAAAUAUAGGGACCCCUGGUCAUCUGUACUGACAAUUUGCUCUGGAGAAUUUUGAAACUCCCGAGUCAAAAGAAUCUAUUUAAAUGCACAAAUUUUAGAACAGAUUUUUAGGUAUUAAUUUACAGAUGGAAAAAUAUAUACUGUUUUGUUUAAACCUUCAGUUUAAAUUGUAUGCUAUGGAAUUGCUUUUGGAAGAGUCCAUUGAAUUGUCAUUCAUGCUAGUCAUUAUAUAGAAAGUAUUACUUAAUUUUAUAUGCAAGUCUUCUCUGUAAUUAUCUGAAUAAUUUGCAAAAUUAUAUUACUUUUCAAGAAAGCACAGUCACGAGGAAUUCAUUGUGUAAUAUGUGCCAUUAUUUCUGUAAUAUUCGGAGUUGUCCCAGUAGACAAAUUCCUGAGUGAGAAAACUGACUGUGAUACUGUUUUCCCUAUGUAACUGAAGUUUAAAAGAAAUCUACAUUAGUGUUGUUUUGUUUAGGAUUUUUAUAUUCAUAAACCUGUAAGAGGAAUUUCUUGUCAGCUUGAUCUUAUUAGAAUGACCUUAGCAAGGGCAAGAGCCAAAGUGACCUUCACAGCAUUAAAACCAGGUAUCUAACUUGAAGAGACUGAUGAUUCCUAUCAUCCUACUUCAGCUCUUCAGUUUUACCAAUUUUUCCUCCAUCCUCGUGCCUUAGUAGUAGCUGUACUUUCUGUUUUCAUCCCAUUAACUGUGGCAAGAUAUACUUCAAUAAUGUAUUGCAGGGUGGGCAAGAUUUCUACAGGAUGGAUGACUCACAUGGUAUCUUUGCUUCAGUCAUGCUGUUAACUAAAGAAAAAACACUUCAGGAUGUUUUCUAACAGAAGUCUUCCAUCUCUGAAGUCUCCAGUGCUACCUACUAAGCAGCCAGCUACUAGGCUGCUUACAGCAGCAAGCUGCAAAAUAAAUUUUAGUUGUUGCUUCGGUUAACUACGGGAAAAGUUGGUAUCUUGUCAUAUAUCAAAAGAAGCAAAGCUACAAAAAUAAAUCCCCAUAUUUAAAGUCAAAGUAAAUAGUAUUUCUGAGGUGAAAGAAUUCCUUAUUUUAACUUCUAUAGUGGUUUAAAUUAAUUAAAACACUUUAUCUUGUACUUCAUGGUAAUUUUAAGUGUUAAAAUAUUACACGGUAAAUGUUACAGAAUAUAUUGCUUGAUAAACUUUCAGUAGUCAUCUAUUAUAAUGUUAAAAUUGUAACGGACUUCUAGUAUUAGUAUUAGUCUAGGCAUACAUUGUGAAGUAAAUUUGAUCUCAUGCAUACAAAGUGGGACCUGUGUCUGACAGGACACCGAAAUUAGCUAGGUUUCAUACAUUCAUUUGUAAUCUUUCACAGCCUGAGAAUUUUCUUUCUUACCAGCUAUUUGCAUAAGAUAUUGGGAGCCCUUAUGUUCCAUAUAAGUAUCAUUUAAGUAGCAAGGUUGUCUUAUGCCAGGCAGAAUGGUUCUAAAUAUCUAAGUACAUCUUUUCCAAGUAGUUUAAAAAUGAACAGAAUUUAGUGAGGCAUCUAAAACGUCUUUCAUAUGGCUUGAGAUGACCGCGGUAAGUUCAUUAUCACAUCACUACUGCAUGUACUUUUUGCAAAACUCAAGCUCAAUAUUAAUGCUUAAAGCUUAAUAUUGCCUAGCAACAUACUUCUGUUAAAAAAGAGAAACAGUGGAAAGUUCCGAUUCUGUGACCGACUCUAUAAUGUGUUAUCAGAUACCUUUAUAAAUUUAGGUACCAUUCAUAAUUAUUUUCAUAUGUAAAUGAAAAUUAUGCACAUUUGAAGAACAUUGAUUAAUAGAGUGGAACCCUCCCCACUCAAUAAUUUAUUUGUAUUAAGAUGUGUGUCAGUUCUGUAGAAGUAAAUAGCUUGUUGUUAUUCAGUAUUUCAGGCAAUUUCCACAUUUAUUUUGCUCAUAGUGAGUCUCCAAAUCAUAUUGUAAGUACACGUAGCUACACAAUCACCAUACUGAAAUGCAAGCAUUUUUAUAUUUGAGCACAACUACUUUUUGCUAGUGCAAAGCGAAUUAAAUAUUUUAAAAGCGAUGGAGAAUACUAUUCCUGCUUACUGAAACGGUAGGAGAAAAAUAAAUAAGACAUCUAGGAGAACAGUAGUUUUAGCAUUAAUAAGGCUACUCGUGGAGACUUCAUUAAUUGUUAAUUAUUGCAACUCGUCACUUCAUCAGAAAUACAAGGCCCGAUUCUCUGCUUGUUUUUGUGUUGUUUUUAUACCUGAGUAAUAGGAGUAUGCAAUUUAUGCAAUGAGAAAAGUAACAUAUUAUGCCCAUAGUACAUGGGUAUAAAAGCUAUGCAAAUUGGAAGAGAUGAGAGAAUUGCAAGGUUUUUUUAAUUGCCACUGUCAUGACCAAAUUGCUGGGUCACAUAAACAGCAAGUGAGCCAGUCAUUCAGGUGAUGCUCUUUCCAGUUAACUUUUUCCUUACAGCAAGUUUUUUUGGGCAGUUUUCCAUCCAUCUAGUUGCUAUAUGUACAAGCCUCUGGCACAUGACAUCAGAUAGAGCAAUGACAUAUGUGGUAAAUUACUCAGUAUAUAUAGUGAAAACUGAAGCUUAAUUUGGAAAAUAGACAUGCUUCUUUAAUAGUGUAUGCUACAUUUGCACAGGAACUACUGUCAGUUCCCAGUUUGACAAAUCAUUCAUGGAUUUCAAAUGGAGUUGAGCUCUCUUAUGAUCAGGAAAUGAUGUAGUAGUGUCAGUUACUUUAUACUAUUACUUUCAGAAAAGUUACUGUGAAAUAGUGUGAUUUUUUUUUUUAGUUAUGUAGGUAAGCCUGUAUUACAACUCUCACAGAAGAAAAAAAGGCUGUUUGCCACAAUUCCACAUACAGAGUUAAAUCUGAUAGCAGAAUUGAGUGCAGAAGCAGCUGUGUUAGAAAGUCAUGGCUAAACCCAAGGCUUUAUGAUAGUAUUAAGGGCCUAUGCUCCAAAUCCUGUAAUUAAUCGCUAAUGAGGUAAGAAAUCUCAGUGAAGUCAACUAUGCUACUUGGAAGAAUAUGGAUUACUUGCAUGUAACUGCUGUAGGUCUGGAUCAAACAGAUUUUUCAGUCUACUUUACGCAGCUGUUAGGCAAUUUAAAAAAAAGUCACAAAAUUAAUGCAAAGCAAGUUUUUCCUACAUAUUUUCUGACUUUUCAAAGCUUACAGUACUUUAUGAAAAAGUACCUUCCUCUAAAAAUAGUCAGUGACUAGAUUCAUGAUUACCUCUGUUCUCACUGAAAUACAGUAAGAUGUUUAAAACAUACAAAUUGCAUGUAAAGUUAUAAUCUACUAUUUGCACUUAAACGAUGUAACCAAAACAUUUCUAAUAGUAUUCUAUUCUAUGUCACAGAACACAUUGUAAGCAUGACCAGUAUAAUAUACACAAAGAUAAUAUAUAUUGUAUGUGGGAUUUUAAUAUCCAGUAAUGAUUAUAUUGGAGAAUCUUAAUUUUUAAAGAAUGCUAUCAAAACAUUAUGGCACUUUGGUAAUGUUAUCAUACUGGUUUAGUUGUUAUAAUAAAUAUCAAUUAUUCAGGUGUUUAUAUUGAUUGCGUUUGCACAGACCUGAUGAUUAUUCUAUUAUUUAUGUACUAAUGAAUUUAUUUUCUGUAUUCUAAAUACAUUUGUAGUAAGUCAGUUUACUGCUGUUAAAAAUUCAUUAUUUUCACAUAAUGGAGUAGAUUUACUGGGUCAGAUUUAUUUCUGCUAUUGCUCCAUGACGAAAGCUGUAUACCUCCUCUGAUUAGUAGUAGGUAGUAGGUAAGGUGUAGGCUGUAUAGAAUGUGCUGUCUGCAGUUCGUAACGUGGAGUCUAAUUUUAAAUGUUUCUGUUUGUAGGUGACCAACAGGAGGCAGCGUAAGAUCUAUUUUAAUUAAACAGACUGAAACCAGGGAUAUAUUUGAUAAUAUUUAUAGCUGAACAUUACGCUCAAUUUACUUUUUUUCCCUUAUAACAUCCAAUAAAGCAUAGCGAUCAAUAACAUCUUGCUGCUGCCUGGGCUCUGCUGAUACGUGGAAAGUAUGAUACUACAUGUUUGCCGAGAUGUUCAUUCUUUUGUGAAAUAA